AUGUCUUCGUCAAAGGAUCUCGCUCCCAAUAAUGAAGAGGAUAUGUUUCCUUGUUCUGUCUGCAUAUAUUCGAUGUUCACAGAUCGUUUGGACGAGGCCGAACCUUGUAUAUGGGAUCCUGAGAAGGAGUCCUGUGCCCAUUGUUUAGAGCAUCAAACCCGUACUUGUCGUGAUGUACCAGAGUCCGCUAUUAAUGUCGUCCGUCGGCUUUUACGUCUUCGAGAGGAGUAUCACUCCUUCGAUGCUGCAGAUCCGCGCCGUCCUUACAAUGUGAAGUGCAUGAGUGUCUUAGAACGAGAAUUUCGUGGGCUCGACUCCGGAGCUGCAAAACGUCGUCGUCGUCAAGCCACUUCUGUCCCCGAUGGACCUUCUUUGAAACGUCGUCGUCCUACUUCACUUCGUCAAACUAUCCACUUGAUACCAAAUCUUUUCUCGUCAUCUUUGCAUGAAUACAACGCCACGAUAAUGAUCCCAAACAUGGGGUGCGUCACACACCCCAUGUUUGAUGAGAGCUCAAUUACUGAUGACCUAGCAUCAACGGACACAUUUGCAAAUACUCUUAGAAAGGUCCAACAAUUCAUCUGGUAUGGGCAACCUACAAAUUACAAUCAUCUUUUCCAGCAUAUAGAAACAGAGGAGGACAAGGCCCAACAGUUUAUAAAAAGAGAGAACAUUCAAGAAGCUAUCAAAGCUGCCAACUUGAAAUUCCAGAAAUACUAUGGUGAUACUGAGCAUCCAAAGGGUGAGCUGCUAGCUGUGGCUGCUGCCCUCCAUCCAUCACGCCGCAUGAGAGCAUAUGAUUCAGAGGUGGACCAGUGA